AUGAGCAUCCCUGCGGGCCUAGUCAAUAAGGUGGAAGACUUAACGGACCUCGAGUUUGCUGUUCUACUUUGUCUAAUUGCCAAAGAACAUUGCUUGAUUGAUACCCCAGCCAGCACAUUAGAUGAUCUCGCUAAUGAGCUCAUAUUGAUUUCUCGAGAUAUAUUUGGGUUGUCCCAUGCUGUCAUUGACUGUACGAACGAUACUUCCGAGGACGAGUUCUAUAGGGGGAUAUUGCAAUGUUAUGAGCAAGAAACGCUAUCUCAUGUUCCUCGCACGAGAGAAUGUUCAUCUAAGAAUCUUGAGGCUCCACAACGUACGUGCACCGAUACUUUUACCAGAUCCCACGGCCGUGGAAGAGUUGUCAACAUUAUAAUUGCAAAAAACUUUGACCGCAUCUCCCAAAGUAUACAAAUUCAAACCCUAGAGAACGAGCAUAUCUUUGUUUCUCACUACCAUGAUCCAUCAAUUGGCCUUGUCAAUUUGGAAGGCGACGAUAGUUCUCUAGCUGAUGAAAGAGGAUCGUUAUCAUCUGUUCUCCGAAAAUCCUCCUCUUCGGGUCAUCUUGCAAAUAAAGUUGAAACCCCACUAAUUCUGGAAGAGAAUAUAGACUUUUUAAGGACAUUGACGCAUGAUGUGACUAUAUCCACCGAGGUAUAUUGUUAUCUAGAAAAUAUAAUCAAUUUCCUGAGGUUCAACAGGGCAGUAUUCAGUGGAAUAACUGCCCCGGCUACACGCCAGUUCCACAAGAUAGUCAAAUGUCUCGCACCGUUACAUGGAGUUGAUUAUGUCCCGCCGUCCCUUGUUGCUUUAGCAACCACAAAAAUAUAUCGUCAUCGCAUAUCGGUUGCAAGACCACAGGAUGAUCGCAGUAUGAUGUAUGGCAGUGACAUUAAUGCUGUUGAGACUAUUCUGUCAGAUGCGACUCCAGAAAGCAUAAUCGAAGAUGUGUUAGCUGAAGUCGAGGCACCUUUGUGA